CUUGUGCAAUGACUGUAAGAGCAAGAGCUCGACCUUCGCAAUAGUCACCACAGCUAAAGCACCUCGGCGAUGGUCCUACAAGACUUGGGGCGGCGAAUCAACGCCGCCGUCAACGACCUGACUCGAGCGCAAACACUCGACGAAAAGGCCUUUGAUGGAAUGAUCAAGGAGAUCAGCAAUGCUCUCGUGGAAGCCGAUGUCAACGUUGGACUGGUCAAGAACCUCCGACAAACCAUCAAAGGCACAGUAAAAUUCAACGACCUCCCACCGCACGCGAACAAGAAGCGCAUAAUACAGAAAGCCGUCUUCGAUGCGCUGGUCGACAUCGUAAACCCGCACCAGAACCCGUACCAGCCAAAGAAAGGCAAGAGCAAUGUCAUCAUGUUCGUUGGUCUGCAGGGUGCAGGAAAAACGACAACAUGUACGAAAUUGGCAAGAUGGUAUCAAGCCAGAGGAUUCAAGACCUGCUUAGUUUGUGCGGAUACCUUCAGAGCAGGAGCGUUUGACCAGCUUAAGCAGAACGCGACCAAGGCUAAGAUUCCAUACUACGGCUCUCUGACCCAGACAGAUCCUGCGGUGGUGGCUCGAGAUGGUGUAGAGAAGUUUAAGAAGGAGAAGUUCGAAAUCAUUAUUGUGGACACGUCAGGUCGCCAUCACCAGGAAGCCGCACUCUUUGCAGAAAUGAAAGACAUCCAGCAUGCAGUAUCGCCCCAUCAGACAAUCAUGGUCCUGGACGCAUCCAUAGGUCAGGCAGCCGAGUCGCAAAGCAGGGAGUUCAAGGAUGCAGCAGAUUUUGGAGCCAUCAUCAUUACCAAAACCGACGGCGCAGCAGCGGGAGGUGGUGCCAUCUCAGCUGUCGCAGCAACUCAUACACCCAUCGUCUUCAUCGGUACUGGAGAGCACUUGCUAGAUCUGGAGAAGUUCAACCCGCAAUCGUUUGUCUCGAAAUUGCUCGGCAUGGGAGACAUGCAAGGCUUGGUCGAGCACGUGCAGAGUCUGAAGUUGGACCAGAAGGAGACCAUGAAGAACAUUACAGAAGGCAAAUUCUCCGUGCGAGACCUUCGUGACCAGUUGCAGAACAUCAUGAAGAUGGGACCACUGUCGAAGAUGGCUGGCAUGAUUCCUGGUCUCAGCAACAUGAUGGGCCAGAUGGACGACGAAGAGGGCGGUAUGAAGCUGAAGAGAAUGAUCUACAUCUGCGACUCGAUGACUGCGAAGGAACUCGACUCAGAUGGUAAGAUGUUCGUAGAGCAGCCGACACGUAUUACUAGGGUGGCGAGAGGGUCGGGCACGUCUGUGCGAGAAGUGGAAGAGCUCCUCACUCAACAGCGCAUGAUGGCUGGUAUGGCAAAGAAGAUGAAGGGCAACAUGGGCAAUUUGCAGAAGGCUCAGCAAAUGAUGGGCUCUGGUAACAAGCAACAGCAGAUGGCUGCCAUGCAGAAACGAAUGCAGAGUAUGGGCCAAGGCGGUGCAGGCAUGGGAGGAAUGGAUAUGAACUCAAUAAUGAAGAUGAUGGGUGGAGGUGGAGGAGGCGGCGGAAUGCCAAACCUAGGAGGCAUGGACAUGCAGAAGAUGAUGAGCAUGCUUGGUGGGAUGGGCGGCAUGGGCGGUGGUGGAGCUGGUGGUAGACGGUAGUGGGGCUCUCUUGAAGCAUUUCACUGGGACGUCGAAUGAACUUGGCAUAGCGACGGCGUUUUGGGGAGCAUCGGAACAGCUGCCAUGGUCGGCUUGCAACUUAUUCACGAAUCUAUACGGCAGAAAUGCGCCGACUGGCCAGUAUUCUCCUGCGAACUGGAAUUUGCCCCUGGGCAACGGCACCGGCAAGCGGCGAGAAGGCGACACAAUGCAAUUGAAGUGCGCUGUAAGAAUUGCGCUGUAGAAAACAAUUCACAUUUCCCA